AUGCCCCUCGAUGCCCAUUCUUCUCUCAUCCCAGACUCGACAGCCUCCAACGAAAAUUCACCAAUUCGGGACGCGUCUUCUCCUCCCGUCGUGAAGCGUGCAGUGCGCACUUACGGGAGGAAGAAGACUCCACCUCCAGCUUCGCAGUCGGACGCGUCUUUCGACGCUGCAUCCUCGCUAUCAACACGCAGCGUUUACCACACAGCACCUCCCAAUCUCGAUGACCAGGUCAAGGAAAGCUCGGACAAUGACAAUGACAGCGACGAAGGUGAUGGGGGAGGCUUCCAGUUCACCUGGCAGAAAACACUUGCCAGAAUGGAUAAAGAAGACAGGGACAACGAGCAGCCGCCCAAACGCUCAACGACCAGUGGGUUCGGACCCCCUUCGCUACUGGGGGGUAUCACAAGAAAGGAUAAUUUAUCAUUAUCGUCCAACCAGGAGAUGCCGGUCGAGGCCAACGAUAUUUUCAGCAGCUCGAGCCCACGAAGGCAUCCAACCGAGACCCCUCGUGGCCGGCGAAGGUCACCCUCAGUUACACCGCUCUUUUUGAAUGCCGACGACGAGUCCGAUUCAGGAAACCCGCCACCCAGCUCGAUCAAUGGCAACACUUUGACACCCAGAUCCGAUGUUUCUUCAACGCCUCCAACUACGGACGGUGAACCAUCAAUGUCUCGCUCGUCUAGAGGCAAGGGCAAACAGCGGUCUUUGGAGGAAUUACGGGCGUCGAUUACCCCGCCUGAUUCUCCUUCCACUGGGAACGUCCAUCAGUUACCUGGCGGGAAACCGCGCAAAUCGAAAACGAAGCGACCAACGAAGAAGGACCGAGAAGAAAUUCGAAAGGAGAGGGCGCGCAUUGCUGAAAACAAAGAUGUCUCCAUUACGUCGGCAUCGAGGAAGGAGUUCAAGAUUCAGGAUUUGCUUGAAACAAUAAAGCCAGCGGACUCCACGCCAGGGUCUAAGCUACAGAGGGAGUCAUCCUCCCUACUCGACCAAGAUCCCAUCAUGAAUCCGUCUUCCCCAGAACCCUCCAACGCGCUAUCGGGGGGGAUGGACGUCGAUAUUCUAUCGGCGAAAGUUCCGGGCCCGUCUAAACUAUCUCCAACUACAAUCCCAGACGUCCUUGACGAUUCAGACGAGGAUCUGCCAGAGUCUCUCACCGAACACCUGAAGCCCAGGCCGAAAGCUGAGGCGAAGUCCGACCUUCACGAGAUCAAGAUGCGAGCUCUAGCAGCAGCCAACCAACGCAAACAAAUCGAUUCAGACGAUGAUGAUGACCUGGAAAUCGUGCCGGCCCAGAAGGUGGAUGCCCCUCCAAGGUCAACAGAGAAGCGCGCUCGGGGGCGCAAAUCUCUACCCAUAUUUGCUCGUAGGGCGGUAACACAGCCGCGAGACAGAUUUGAGCAAGAACUACUCGCUAGAGCUGCGGAAGAGUCGGCCAAACUUAGCGAACUGAAGAAGCAGGCCUGGAUACAGGCAGGUGGCCGGGUUCUGGAAGAGAUCAAGCCCGAAGGUGGACCGGAGUCUGUUCUACGAGCUUACGCCGAGAAAGCCCUAAAAGCCAUCGAAAACAACGACAACCUAACCAAGGGCGAAGAUGAUGAAGAUGAAAGCGAUGGCGAAUGGAAACCUGAGGAACGGGGAUCGGCGAGUCCUUCCUCUCAUACAAUGGACAUUGUCGAUGAAGGGGACAGCGAAGGUGAAGAUGCUGCGAUGGGCUCUGAAGCGGAGGGCGAGGAUGGCCAAGAUGACGAGAACAUUGCAAUUCCCCGUGGACACCGUCGUCGGACAAUCGUAGAUUCGGAUGAAGAAAACGACGAAAACGCAUCUCUCAAGCGGGUAUCGAGGCCAGCCCGACGUUCUAUCUCGCUUGAUGAAGACCUGGAAAGUUCGAGUGUCGGGCACGACGCCGUUACUCCCUUUUCAGAGGACGGAACUGACAAGGAGAAUAACGCCGGUCUCUUGUUCGAUCGCAGCGAAGAUAAAGAGAACAAAUCUAUCGCUCGUUUCGAUUCCUUCGAUUCCUUUGACGACAUUUCUCCCAGACGCCUUGGUGGUCCGUCUUCGAGUGGGUCUCGACAGCCUUUCCAGGAACUGCCAGGGCCGACGGACACGCCCAAACCAAUCAAUUUUGCCAGCCGAGCUAACCUCACGGAACUCUUCGAAGCCCAACUCAGCGAACCGCGCAGGACACCCGAACUCAGCCCAGUAUUUGGCAGUAAAUCGCGAGAAGGGUUCUCUCAGUUUUCGCCCACACCAGUGGUCGGCCGAGCCCUGGAAGAGGAGUUCUUUGACCCAACCCAAAAGGAGUCCCAGCCGGCAUCUCUUCUCGGGGAAGCGUUUGGGGAGAAGCCUCUCCGUCGAGCUCUAGGUCGCAAUGAUUCACUCGACUUUACGCAGGAGUUCAACCUCGAGCCGUCUUUCCAACCUCGAGAGGAGAUUCUUCGCAAAGCGAAUGAUAUUGUUGAGAAGGAGCAAGAACUCAAACUGGAUGCUGUGCGCCAUGCCGAGAACAAGCCUCAGCUGUAUGUCAACGAAGACGGUGAAUCUCCCUCUGAGAGAUCCCCCAAAGCCAACGAGAAGAAACGUCGCAACGCAUUCGACAUGCUCGGACAAGGCGCUCAUGCGGAGGCAGAGAGAAAGCGGCGGAAACUGGACAAAAGCGAGUUCGUCGAGGACGAAGCGGACGAGUCGGACGACGAUGCAGGAUUCUGGGGCAGGCCAAAGAAGGAUGAUGACGAAGAGAUGGAAAAUGACGAAGACUUGGACAAAACUUUGGAAACCCUCGUCGACGAUCAAGAGAUGGACGAUCAGACUUUGGCGGAGGAGCGGGUUCGUGAAAAGUUCAAGGAGCAAGAGCAGCAAGAAGAUGAAAAAUUGGAGAAGAUCGCCCACAAUGUUGUGGAGGGUGAAUUCCGGAAGCGCAAGAAAGACGGCGGGUUCAAUUUGUCAGACGAAAGCGACGAUGAUGACGAGGACGAGAAUCGAAAGGCGAGAAGGAGGUUGCGAAGGCAGCAGAAGAACCGAGAGGAUGUUUUGGCGUUGACCUUGAACCCUGAGACUCACGCUUUCGCACAAACUUACAACGCUGCAUUGAAGGACGACGACGAGACACUCGAAUUCUUGGCUCAGGAUCAGACAGAAGAGAUUCUCGCUUCCCUCGACCGGAAAGACGACGACGAGGAAGACAUGGAAGACAUGGAUGAAGACGAAGUGGAGCCAGAGACUGUUACCAUGGACCAGAUUCGUCGCGCAGUUCAAGAACGUGCCAGAGAGCGUGCCGAGAACCCCAACUAUGAGGACGAGUCGAUCGACUUGUAUGAUACGGCCUGGGUGGAGGACAACGAAGAUGAUGAGGAUGAUGUCGUCCAAGUCAAGACUGUCGUCCCUGGAGCCAAAAAGGCUGUGCCAACCCGUCCGCGUGGCACGGCUUUCGAUCUCGACAUGGAUGACCUGGAGACUCAAGAGACCCUCCGGCCGGAAAUGGAUGAGCACCGCCUGAAGAAACAACAAACGUGGGCGGUGAGUGAAGCAAGAAACCACAGAAAUGCGUCAACAGCUCGCUCUGGACGUGGUGCGGCUGUAACGAGUGUUGUCCGGGCCAAAUGCGGUGGGGGUUCCUUACGCGUCCGACCCCAAGACAAGGGUGAGAGAUCUGGUUCGCAAGUUUCGAAACCAGUGAAAAAGACAGCCAGCGUACUUGACGCUUCUGUGUUCGCCUGUGUAAAGUAG